AUGGCUGUGUUUCUGCAGCUGCUACCGCUGCUGCUCUCGAGGGCCCAAGGGAACCCUGGGGCUUCUCUGGACGGCCGCCCUGGGGACCGGGUGAAUCUCUCCUGCGUAGGAGUCUCUCAUCCCAUCCGCUGGGUCUGGGCGCCCAGCUUCCCGGCCUGCAAGGGCCUGUCCAAAGGACGCCGACCGAUCCUGUGGGCCUCUUCGAGCGGGACCCCCACCGUGCCUCCCCUCCAGCCUUUCGUCGGCCGCCUACGCUCCCUGGACUCUGGUAUCCGGCGGCUGGAGCUCCUCUUGAGCGCGGGGGACUCGGGCACCUUUUUCUGCAAGGGCCGCCACGAGGACGAGAGCCGUACAGUGCUUCACGUGCUGGGGGACAGGACCUAUUGCAAGGCCCCCGGGCCUACCCAUGGGUCCGUGUAUCCCCAGCUCCUGAUCCCGCUGCUGGGCGCUGGGCUGGUGCUGGGACUGGGAGCUUUGGGCCUGGUCUGGUGGCUGCACAGGUGCCUGCCCCCGCAACCGAUUCGACCACUCCCUAGAUUUGGUGAGACUAAUUCCACCCCAUUUUCUUUCUCCUACACACCCACUCCCCACCCCUCAAUUCCUGAGUCUGAGCCCUUGCUGGGAGCAGACACGUUGGUCACCUUCUCUCCAUCCUUCAGCUCUGUCCCCCCUACAUAGCUCCACUUGUGAGAACCGAGCCCCAGAGGCCAGUAAAGGAGGAAGAGCCCAAGAUUCCAGGGGACCUGGACCAGGAACCGAGCCUGCUCUAUGCGGAUCUGGACCAUAUAGCCCUCAGCAGGCCCCGCCGGCUGUCUACAGUGGACCCUGCUGAUGCCUCCACCAUCUAUGCAGUUGUAGUUUGAAGGGAAGCCCUUACUCCAAAC